GGCUCCCGCCCCCACCUCGCUCUCUUUGCAGGCCGCACUGGGAAUGGAAACAUCUGUACCACGUGCAGGCAACCUCGCGUCGGCCUCUCGGCGCUCCACCUCCCACCGCUCCGAGCCCCAGCGCUCGUCCUCGCGAGAUGAGCUAGACGACAUGGCCGCCUCGAACCAAGGAAAAUUUGAUGGGAAUUUUGAUUCCCUCGACCUCGCUGAAUUUGCUAAGAAACAACCAUGGUGGCGGAAGCUGUUUGGGCAAGAUUCGGGGCCCUCUGCCGAGAAGUACAGUGUGGCUACCCAGCUACUGAUAGGUGGAGUCACUGGCUGGUGUACAGGAUUCAUCUUCCAAAAAGUCGGAAAACUAGCAGCAACAGCAGUCGGUGGUGGAUUUUUCCUUCUCCAGAUUGCAAACCACACUGGUUACAUCAAGAUAGACUGGCAGCGAGUUGAGAAAGACAUGAAGAAAGCCAAAGAGCAACUGAAAAUCCGGAGGAGCAACCAGCUCCCUACAGAGGUGAAGAGCAAAGCUGAGGAGGUUGUGUCAUUUGUGAAGAAGAACGUUCUUGUAACCGGAGGCUUUUUUGGCGGCUUUCUUCUUGGCAUGGCAUCUUAAGGAAAGAAGAUGGUGAUCACUGCACUUGGCAUUUACUUGCCAGUGCCCUCCCGCCAAUUCUACUGGGCCUUUCUUCUCAUAAUUAGAACCUGCAAUAUGGGAGCAGCAUAACCUAUGUGGCCAUAGUCCCAGCUCUAGGAUGAUGGAAGAAAGUAGAUGAUCUCACCUUGUUUGUCUCCUCCCUAGCUCUUUGAGGGCCUGCUUUAGAAUGAAUUAGUUCUUUUCUUCGGUAUAAAGUCGUUUUCUUUCCCUUCCUGUAAGCUAACUGAUUGGGGAAAGAUGCAUUCUGGAACUCUAGCUGGCCCCUAAGCUGUCAGGGACUCUCACUGCUGGUCCCUUUCUGCUGUCGGUGUGUUCUGCCUUAUGGAAAUGCAUACACAUAUCCAUGAUAAUAAAAAGCGCUGGCAGAUUGGGUGUUCUGUUCCUUUUUCAGUUGGUCUCAGAAUGUAGCAACUCAGUAUAAAGGUCACUGUUUUCUUCCAGGGUUCUACUUCCAUUUGUAGGAUCACAGCUUAAGUAAGGCACUGGGUCAUCCUUUGUGUUUUGAAGGUGGAUGGCAGCCAACUGCAUUUAAAACUUAAGACCCAUUACUUAGAAAAUCUUAGAUGAUAAAUAAUUUGGGGGCAUCUAGCUGGCUAGACUGCCAGGUCUGGAGUUGGGGAGACUCCUUCUUGAGUUCAACUCUAGCCUCAGACACUUAAGAGAGAUGUGACCCUGGGCAAGUUUGUCUGCCUCAGUUUCCUCAUUGAUAAAAUGAGUUGAAGGAAAUGGCAAACCCUAAUAUCUUUGCCUAGAAAACCCAAAAUGGGGUCGUUAGAGAGACGACUAGUCCACUGAAAUAAGUAAACUGUUAUUAUUCAGUGGGCUCUUGACCAAACUCUAGACUUUUUCCUUUGCCAUAACAAAACAAAAAAGCCACCUCAGUGAAUAAAUAGUUCAAAACCUGGUGUUUAAAAGACUCUGGUUGAACAUGGGCUUGGUCCCAGCAGAUAAAGGAAGUUUAAAGUUUCUAAGAAAAGAUUGGGAUGCCUAGUUUACAACAAAUGAAGUAGGCCAUCCACUUCUCCCCCUCCUGUUUUAUUGGAGAGUUAGCGUUGCCUAAGUUAUCCAGAAGUCCUUUUACUAGAGGUCAGUUUGACCGGGGCUGAACAGCCCCCUGGUGGCAUCAGGAAACACUGCAAGGCCCACAUGCAGUGUUUACCUUUGAGAGAUGGAGCCACUUUUGCAUGUAUUAAACAUGUUCUGGACUCUUAGAGGCAUUACAUUUAUGGUGGGAACCCUGGAAGCACGUGACAAGCUACUGGUUCAGAUAUCAUGUUCUGAAAUCAUAUUGCUAUGAACUACCACUCAUUCUGCUAGACGGUUUUUUUUUAUAAAGGGAAAUUAAUCACAUUUAAAUGAUCCCCCAAAUUCUACACUAGCCACCAGUCAGUCUCAUAUAAUUACAGAGGUUGUAAAAGGGGGCCCUCAGGGACCGGGCUUUAAAUCUUUAAUUUUGUCCAAAGCUUUCGGGAAAGAGGAAACUUGAUCGUGACGAUCCGUGAUGUGUGGAAGCCAACCUGAACCAGCUUGCAAAAGAUUGUUAAAUCUGCCUCGUGAGCCAUCCCUCAUACCAGGGAGAAGGGUCCCAGGCCCCAACUGAAUAAAAGUGACCCCCCCCCCAUUCCAUGCUCCCAGCCCCUUCCCCGACCUUUGCAGAAAGGUGGUGCCAGAGGCAGUUUGAACCAGCGCCUGAGAGUCACUUGUUAAAUUUUCAGUGUUAGCUUUUCUGUAUGCUUCAGAAAUCUGCGAACUCUACAAAUCAAUCCUUAAUUAUUUCUUUGUUGGUUUCUAAACUUAAGAUGCAGUGGUAGAGAAAAUAUUAACAUAAAUUAAGCUUGAAAGGGUUGUAGUUAAGUAUUUUACCAACAUAUCCCCCCCAUGACCCACCCCUCAUUUGAGCUCUUCUCUAUCCACAAAUGGCAAUGAUGCAAAUAUGGAA